AUGGAGGCCUCCAAAAUAUUGCUGACUGGUUUUGUGCUUAUCAUCUGUGCUUUCAUUUGUCAACUUAUUGGUUUAGCUUCUCCAUAUUGGAUAUCCUUUGAAAAUUUAGGAAUGAAGGAACAUAUCGGUUUAUGGAAAUUUUGCGCAAAGGUAAAAUCACUUGACAAAGAUGAGUGUGCUCAUCACGACUGGGAGAUAAUACCAGAUUGGCUUAAAGCUGUAAGAGCAACAAGCAGUUUGGGAUUCCUAACUCUUUUGGUUGCUCUUGAAAUGACAAUUUUGAAAUUGUUUUUCCUGAAAGACAUGAAACCAGCUUUAUUUGCAGCAAUAGGCACUGCUUUCAUGGGAGCUCUCUUUAUAUUGAUAUCGCUUGCUGUUUUUGUGGCAAAAACGGCCGAUCUCAUCUCUCACUCAGGAUAUAAAUACCAUUUCGCCUUUGUCUUCUGCAUUCUGGCGAUGUUAGCAGCGGUUGGUUCAGGAUCUGUGAUGGUGGUGGAUGCAGUUAGAUCUAAAACCAUUUAAAAAGGAUUUCAUUCCUAUAAAACGUUAUGAAUUGCUUCUGUUCAUCGCCAUUCAUAUUUAGUUAAUUCUGCUUUUAGAGUUUGUUUAAACUUAUUUUUGCAAUCACACUCGUGCUGUAUACUGGUGAGUUCACUUAUCUAUUAAGGACGUUAUUCGGAAAAGUUACGAGCUGAGUGUA